AUGCAAUAACUAUUUAUAUGGAUGUACAAUAGAUAUUUAUAAGAUGCAAAAUUAAAUUAUGUGAAGACUAUGUUUUAAGAACAGAUGAAUAAUGUAGUUAUGCGUUAUGUACAUGUACAAGAAAUGGUAUUAAUUGUGUAGCGAGAGGAACAUGUGUUUAAGGUUAAGAGAAAGCAGGAUGUGUUGUAUCUUCUACUGGAUAAUGUUGUGAAUGGAUGCGAGAUGUCGUAAAUUCUUAAAAUGUUGUAACUACUGCAGCAUAUUGUACAAUUAAGAGAUGUAACACUGCCCCAAUUAGUUUAUGAACAGAUGUAGAUUGUACAAAGUAUUUUACAAAUUGUACAACUAAAAGUGGAGGAGGGUGUGUAACUAAAUCCAAGUUGUUCUGCUGCCUCUGUAAAUGCUGCUUGUAUAACUGCAUUAAAUGGUACAAUAUGUGCAUGGGAUUAUACAUUAAAUGAGUGUAGAGAUAAAGAUUGUUAAGAUUUUAUAGGAACAACUCACACCAUUUGUUAGACUUAAAGAUAAGGAUGUACUGCUGGACCAAAUGCUUGUGAAUUAACUACUAUUAGAGAAGCUUCUAUUGAAGGCACAAAUGGACCAUGUUUAUGGAUUGAGAAGUUUGUCAAUAGUGAUGGUUCGAAAGGAGCUUGUUUUACUUAUACAUCAUGCAAGAGUUUAGCUUGGAAUAAUGAUGAAUCUUGUAAAUUGAUAAGUAAUAAAUGUACAACAAAUGGAACUAAUUGUAUUGGAAUUAACUACAUGUACUGA